CGGGGGGGGCCGUUUAUGCUGGUCCUCCCUACUCCAUGGCACAGCGGCAGGCAACUUGUCCCCUUGCUCCACCUCACGUUGCCACUCCUGGGCUUCUCACACAACAAGCCUCCAGGCCCGGAGACGCGGAGGCCCAGAAGCAUUUCAGCCGCCCAUCACAAGCACAACUCCACAGCAAGUCCGCUCUGCUGCUCCUCCUUUCUCCCCCUAUCUUGUCCGCUACCCCAGCGGUUGGGUCGUGCCGUGCGUGUCCCCACCUCGCCACCAUCGUUUCUGCUCCACCUUCAGCCAAUCCCAGCCGCGCCCAACCAUGGCGGCAACGGCUCUGCUCCUUCCCAGCCUCGCCGCGGCGGCGCCCACGCCCACGCAGCAGCUCCGGCUCCGGCUCCGGCGCGGCUCCCUCGCCUGUUGCUCUCGGUCCGUCCGGCCUCCGCGGCGGCGGCUCGCGGUGUCGGCCGUGCAAGAGACGAAGGACGGGGAGGCGAAGACGGCCGAGGAGAUCACCGAGAAGUACGGGCUCGAGUUCGGCCUCUGGUGUUCAGCUCCAAGGACGACGAGGAAGGAGGCGGCGAGCGGAAGAAGUCGCGGACGGACCAGGCCAAGGAGCUCCUGGCAAAGUACGGCGGCGCGUACCUGGCCACCUCCAUCUCCCUCUCCAUCGUCUCCUUCACCCUCUGCUACCUCCUCAUCAGCGCCGGCGUCGACGUGCAGGACCUGCUCGCCAAGGUCGGGAUCGUGACAGGGGAGACGGGAGGGAAGGUCGGGACCUUCGCGUUGGCCUACGCCGCGCACAAGGCCGCGUCGCCGAUCAGGUUCCCGCCGACGGUGGCGCUGACGCCGGUGGUGGCCAGCUGGAUUGGCAAGAUCAGGAAGGGCGGCGACUGAGCGAUGCGCACGCACCACCACUCAAAAGCACCAGCUUCAAGAGAAGAUUCAAGCAUUACCUAACCAAGUAAAGAUCAAUUGGACCCAUUGUACUCCGUAUUACUAGUCUAUAUCUCCUUUGAAGGCUAUCGCCAAUCAUCUUAUGAAAUAAAUGAGAUAAAGUUAUGAAACAGUUAAUGAUAACUAGACAUGCAGCACAUUGUAUAUGGAGUUAUGGACUGGUUAUUGUUUU